AAGGAAGAGACCUCCUUGCUAGCGAGUCCCCCUCCUCCCCUGCACACUGCUAGUUACUGGGGUCACACUGCCCUGCGGCUCCCAGCAAUCCUGCCAGCCCUCAGAUGCCUUCAGGAAGAAGGGAAGCGCAGUGACACAAACGACAGCGCAAACUUCCCAGGGGCGCAAGGGAAUAACAACUCUCCUGGCUGUGCGCCCUUUCCGCCUCCCGGAGCGGGAUCUGAUUGAACUUUGCAGCGAGUCGCAACUUUCAACUUAUCGCAGCUAGGGCAAAGGGACACUCAGACACAGUCUGCCUGCUGUCCGGCACAUCUCUGUUUAACCCUAACGCGGGGUUAAGUAAGGAGUUUGCACUAGUUCCUUAUUGUUUUGCUAAGUCCGAACCUAUCUCCGUAUAGAUAUCUAAUUGCUAUUGGGCAUGGCGGGUUGCUGCCUGACUGCAGAAGAGAAGGAAUCGCAGCGGAUAAAUGCCGAGAUUGAGAAGCAGCUCCGCAGGGAUAAGAGGGAUGCGCGCAGGGAGCUGAAGCUGUUGCUGCUGGGUACUGGAGAGAGUGGGAAAAGCACCUUUAUAAAGCAGAUGAGAAUUAUACAUGGAUCCGGCUAUACAGAUGAAGAUAGGAAAGGAUUUACAAAACUUGUGUACCAAAACAUAUUUACUUCAAUGCAGGCCAUGAUCAGGGCUAUGGAUACACUACGGAUACAGUACUCUUCUGAACAGAACAUGGAAAAUGCAUUGACGGUUAGAGAAGUUGAGGUGGACAAAGUAUCCAGUCUUGAAAGGAAACACGUAGAGGCAAUAAAGAAGCUCUGGGAAGAUGAGGGGAUCCAAGAAUGCUACGACAGACGGAGAGAAUAUCAGCUGUCAGAUUCCACAAAGUACUACCUUAGUGACAUUGAUCGCAUUUCAAAUCCUAGCUUUAUCCCCACCCAGCAAGAUGUGCUGAGGGUCAGAGUUCCCACCACUGGAAUCAUCGAGUACCCCUUUGAUUUAGAAAACAUUAUUUUUAGGAUGGUUGAUGUUGGGGGACAGAGAUCUGAAAGACGGAAGUGGAUUCACUGCUUUGAGAACGUUACAUCCAUUAUUUUCUUAGUGGCAUUAAGUGAAUAUGAUCAGGUCCUUGCAGAAUGUGACAAUGAGAACCGAAUGGAGGAAAGCAAGGCUCUGUUCAGAACCAUCAUAACAUACCCCUGGUUUCAGAAUUCCUCGGUUAUUCUCUUUCUGAACAAAAAGGAUCUUCUGCAAGAAAAGAUUAUGUACUCCCACCUCAUUGACUACUUCCCAGAAUUCACAGGUCCAAAACAAGAUUCCCAGUCUGCCCGGGACUUCAUUCUCAAACUGUACCAGGAUCAGAAUCCAGACAAAGAGAAGGUGAUCUACUCGCACUUCACUUGUGCCACGGAUACAGAGAACAUCAGAUUUGUUUUUGCUGCUGUGAAAGACACUAUCCUCCAGUUAAACCUGCGAGAAUUCAAUUUGGUGUAGAGGCCCGGGACAGGGACUACUGCUUGGGUGGAUUUAUCGGGCACGCUGUACCGAGCAACUCCUAAGUCUCCUGAAUAACGUCUGCCCAGGGUUUGAUUUCUCUCAGUACAGUGUUCAGAGGUUCUUACACAUUAUACCGUGUUCUGAACUCCUGUAACAUUCUCUGGUAAAAACGUAAUCAGGAAAAGUGAAGGUAAUUUCCUAUCCGUUUACUGCAUUUUUUUUUUUUUUUUUUAAAAGAAAAGGAAGUAUGAAAUGUACAUGCUGUUUUUAUAAUUCUUCUUAAGGUGUUUAGUAGUUGUUUUUAUGAAAUGUUAUGACAAAAAAGGAUAUUUAAGAGAAUAUUCCAUAGAACUUUGUAUAAGGUAAGGCGAUUCUAGUACUUUUUUUAUUGCUAAUUCCUGUCUAGAGAGGGGGGAGGUUUAAAAACCAGAGUUGCCUUUAUUUUGUAAAGCAAAAGACUGUUAGGGUCACGGGUGGCCAUUGCCAUUAAUUAAAGAAAUAUUUUAUGAUUUUUUAUUUUUUUUUAUUUUUAAUAGAUUGGGGUCGUUCAAACGUAAUGUUAGAGUGUACUUUGCGUUUUCUCGAAUGUCAUUUUCUAAACAGAAACAUCUAUAUCAUUUAGCAUGGGAUGUUUUUGUUUGCUUUUAUUUAAUAGAACUGUACAAAUAUGUCCUCAGCCAGGAGUCGGUUAAAUCUAAUAGUGCCACACCACCACAACAUAAUACCAAAGGCUCUCACAGAAAGAAAAGGCAGUGUAAUGAUACAUGUAAAUAAAUGUACUUCUUUAUAAAUAUGUGUGUGUGUAUAUAUAUAUAUGUAUAAGGAAAUAUACAUAUAGGGGCACAUUCAUCAAAGUACGACAGGUCCAAAUACAAACAUUUCGUAUUUGUUUUUAAAGGUUACCACUUUUGCGUAUUUUCUGUGACUUUUUCGUACAUUUGCACAACUUUUUUGUACUUUGUGACAAAAAGCACAACAAAAUCGUAUUGUCAUGCUGAGUACGAAAGUUUUGGAUUCAUUCAAACUUCGGUAUUGUGACUUUCCUUGGGCCAGGUUGGAGCUGCAGAGAGCCAUUGAGUCCUAUGGGAGGCUUCCAAAAUCAUGCACUGAAGGUUCAAAGUCAGAAAGGUUUUCCUGCAGUUUACAAUCGUUAGGAUACAAAAAAAAAACGUACUUUUCGGACAUUAUACGAUAAGAUACCAUUUUUUCAUAUUUCAGAUACAACUUUUUCGUAGUUUAAAAAGCAAAAUACAAAAAAAUAGCAUUUAAUACAAAUAAUGCUUUUUAAAGGUACGAAAAUCGUACUUUGAUAAAUCUGCCCCAUAUUCUCUCAUUCAGUAGGGCUCACCUGCCGGGAAAUAACUUGCAUCAAACUGAUGUACACUAAAUAAGAUUCCAAAAUAUCAGAAUGACUUUUGUCUCCAUUUAGUCGAAUGUCCUAGCAGAGAUCUGCUUAUGGCGAGAACAUUCCAUAGGACUGAGUUUAGAUUUAUAUCCAUAUGGGAAAAAGGACACCAUUUUUAAAAGAAACAAAAGAACCUUUUCUAUACAAUGUGAUAUAAUUGUAGGCUGUGACCAGUCUAGGAGGUGUUGGCAAAUUUUCCUUUUUUUUAUUUUUAAAAAUUUUUUGAAACUCUAAAAGCACAAUUGCUGAAACUGUUUAUUGUUGUGCUGCAUACACAUGAGCUGUAAUGUUAUAAUUUAAAAGAGACUUAAGUUACCAGCAAAGAUAUCUUAACAUGUACUGAAGUCAAUCAUUUAUUCCAACCUUUUGUAAAGUAGAUGUUUUUCCUUCAUAAAUUGCACUAUGAAUUGUGGAUGAAACCAUUGAUAUGAUUUGCUUCUUGAUGCAUUUGAAUAAUGUUGAAGACCUUGCUCUUUAAAAUUGAUUCCCUCUUCAUUGCAUCGCACCAUUUAUUGAUAAUAAAUAUAUUUUAGAGAAAAA